AUGGUGAGCAGCAAGAGGGUUGUGGAAACCGAUGAUUUAGUGCUUCAUGAUGAAUCUAGUACUUCAAGCUCGGAAUUUGAAGGUGAGAGAACCAGGGUGGCUAAAUCGCUCUCGAAUAUAUCGAUAUCUAAUCGUACGAUUGAUGAUAGUAGUGGUGAUGAUGAAUCAAAUGCAUCUCUAAUAAUCCGCGGCACACCAAGAAGAUCACUGAUCUAUAAAGUUGCAAAACACAUGUCUACCCCGAGCGCCCAGAAACCUGAAUCAGAUACAUCUCUAAUAAUUCGCAGCACACCAAGAAGAUCACUGAUCUAUAGAGUUGCAAAGCCCAUGUAUACCCCAAGUGUCCAGAAGCCAAAGACGGUAAUUGGAGGUAUCACACCAAAGACUUCUAACUUAACCCCGAGUAAAAUAAGACUGGGCGCCAGCUCCGCAAUCAUAACCCCCAAGGCAAACCAGCUUUCAAGUCCCAGUUCAAUACAGUUUUCAACUCCCAAGUCAAAAGUUUCAUCAAGUCGAAAGUCUCGUAAAUCUUUGACUAAUUCUUUGAAUCUUGCAAAGAGUUUAAUGAAAAAUCGUUCUGAUACUUUCAUUUCUAGUCCUUUGCUAUCAACGCGGGCGAAGAAGACAGCGAAAAAGGUGAUUCUUCCUCCAAAUAGACAUUUUACCGAAGAUGAGACAAGUAUGGCCAUUGAUGAUAGCGAGUACAUCGGGAGUUUUAAUAAGCUAACUAUCCUGAAACCUUCAAAGAACUCUACCAGAAGAACAUCAAGCAGCCCUGUCACAAAAUCAUCGAAUAACACCUUUAGCAAUUCCGUAAUACAGCCAGUUCGCACACAAGUUACAUCCAGAAAUACCAACAAUAUCACAAAGAAAAAGACUGGGAAAAAACGUGCUCGUGCUCAGAAUGCAGCUUCCUAUAAUGUUAUACAACCAGAUGCACCGAAAUCAUUUGAAAUCGAGGUCCAUAGGCUCGCCAAAGAUCUUAAUGGUAAGCGUGUCAAGCUAAAUUCAUUGGAUGUCAUAUCAACCGCAAUAUUUGAGCAUUUGAAAAGACACGAACACAAAGGCCAUGAAAAAUUGGUUCAAAGGUAUACUGAGCUUCUUUAUGAUUCUGUUUUGAGGAUUCUAGACUUAAAUCUCGUAUUGUCAAACCUUACGUCAAAUUUGAAGGAAAUUUCGACGAAAAAACUCAAACUUAGAGCGGAAAUAUUUAAAAUGAGGGAGCAAAACUCGAAAAACGUAAAUCAUCAAUUGGAACUACUUCGAUAUAAAAACAUAAACUUGAAGGAAAAUAACAUACAAGUAGCUAAGUUGAGUCUGCAGCUACAUAACCUUAGAAGAAUUUCAAGGAGUCCUAGUGAAUUCUCGGGAAAUCCUAAGCAGGUAGACGUCAACGAAAUUAAAGUGAAGCUUUCUGAACUAAGGGAGCUCAUUUCUCCAUGUUCGGGUAUAUUAAAUCGUCUCAAGGGCCUAAAUGGAACCCUAAACAGAAUUAAUGAAGAUAUUACGAAUAAUUAG